GAGAGAGAGAGAGAGAGACAGAGACAGAGAGAGAGAGCAAAGCGCGAACGAGAGAUUUGUACAUUUGUAGCCUACAGACGUCGAUUGAUAAACGUUUUCAUCUGAAACAAGAAGACAGCAAAGUAGGUCUACCAACACAGAGGGAGAAAAGUAGUCUACAUUGCGCGCUGUUCAUACAAAGGUUUCAGUCAAUGUGUAGUGGGCCACUCCAAGGCAGACACACUCCUCCUAUGUGUCCUUGUCCAGUCCUUGUGUGAUCUGAUCUGGGACCAGUGGGAUAAAUGAGUGGCCUGGCUGAGGAGCGCAGCGUUGGGACACCCCACAAAGCACACACAGUAGGAUGUCGUGGGUCCGAGGCUUCUUCGUAGCCAAAGUGGACGAACGAAAGACCGCGUGGGGGGAGCGCAAUGGCAGCAAGUCCAACAAGCGGAAGAACGGUCGCUCAGGGUCGUCUCUCUGCAAGCCCCGCUGCAUGAGCUGCCUGCGGGACGCUGAGGACCUGGAUCCCACCCCUCCCACCCCCCAGCACUACCACCGUGGAGGAGGGGAGUCCGGCCUCAGCGGAGGGGGUAACUUUGGGAUGCGCUGUGGCUGGCAGGAGGACCACUAUGGGAAACGGACCGGGGUCGCGGGAGACCUGGGGUUGAAGGCUGUGGAUCUGGGGUUCGAUGACGGAGACCUGACAGGGAGGAAAGGUCCAGGGGAGGAGGAUUUGGGGGAAAGAAUGGGGGAGGACGGAGGAACAUGCAAAGCCUUCACAGCCGCCGAGUGCUGGAUGCGUGUUGUACGAGUGUUCCAGUCGAAAAAGUUCACGUCGGCGAAACUGGAAUGUCUGUACCAGCGCUACUUCUUUAGGCUCAACCAGAGCUCUCUGACUAUGCUGAUGGGUGUCCUUGUCAUAGUAUGCGGCGUCAUGCUAGCCUUCCACUGUGUCCACGCUCCACCCGACGUAGCCUACGCCUCGGUGCUCUCCGUGGCCAUGGCCCUCUUCCUGUCCAUGAUGGUGGUGUGCAACAGGAACGGCUUCCACCAGGACUACAUGUGGAUCGUCAGCUACCUGGUGAUCGGGGUGCUACUGGUGGUCCAGGUGUUCGGGGUGUUGAUGGUUGCCCCCCGGAGCGCCUCUGAGGGGAUCUGGUGGUCCGUGUUCUUUAUAUACAUAAUCUAUACGCUGUUGCCGGUGAGGAUGAGAGCUGCAGUGCUGAGUGGAGGGGUACUGUCUACCAUACACCUCAUCACCGCAUGGCAACUCAACCAGGACGAUGUUUUCCUAUGGAAACAGCUGAGUGCCAACGUGCUGAUCUUCCUGUGCACCAACAUGAUAGGUAUCUGUACCCACUACCCUGCUGAGGUAUCUCAGAGACAGGCCUUUCAGGAGACCAGGGGGUACAUCCAGGCCCGGCUCUACCUACAGAGAGAGAAUCAGCAACAGGAGCGCCUGUUACUGUCGGUGCUGCCGAGGCACGUUGCCAUGGAGAUGAAGGCAGAUAUCAAUGCCAAGAAGGAAGAUAUGAUGUUCCACAAGAUUUACAUCCAGAAACAUGACAACGUCAGUAUACUGUUUGCAGACAUCGAAGGAUUCACCAGCCUGGCAUCACAAUGCACCGCACAAGAGUUGGUCAUGACACUGAAUGAACUUUUCGCUCGCUUCGACAAACUAGCUUCGGAGAACCACUGUCUGAGGAUAAAGAUCCUUGGGGACUGCUACUACUGUGUGUCUGGACUGCCUGAGCCCAGGGCCGACCAUGCACAUUGCUGUGUGGAGAUGGGAGUGGACAUGAUAGAGGCCAUCUCGCUGGUGAGAGAGGUCACAGGGGUCAAUGUGAACAUGCGUGUGGGUAUCCAUAGCGGCAGGGUCCACUGUGGGGUGCUGGGACUCAGGAAGUGGCAGUUUGACGUGUGGUCCAACGACGUCACUCUAGCCAAUCACAUGGAGGCAGGGGGUGCGGCAGGGCGUAUCCACAUCACCAAGGCCACCCUACAGUACCUGAAUGGGGACUAUGAGGUCGAGCCGGGGUUCGGAGGGGACAGGAAUGCCUAUCUGAAGGAGAAAAACAUUGAGACAUUCCUGGUGCUGGGGUGCAGCCAGAAAAGGAAAGAGGAGAAGGUAGCGAUGGCCAAGAGUGCCAUGAUGCAGCGGGUACGUGCCAACUCCACUGAGGGCCUGAUGCCACGCUGGGUACCCGACACAAGGUUCUCCAGGACCAAGGACUCCAAGGUCUUCAGACAGAUGGGUAUCGAUGAAACAUCCAGACAAGACAACCGCUGUGCCCAAGAGGCCUUGAACCCUGAGGAUGAGGUGGAUGAGUUUCUGGGCCGAGCCAUCGACGCCCGCAGCAUAGACCAACUCCGUAAAGAUCACGUCAAGAAGUUCCUCCUCACCUUCCAGACUAAAGAGUUAGAGAAGAAGUACUCUAAGAAGGUGGAUGAUCGUUUUGGAGGCUACGUGGCCUGUGGUCUGUUAGUCUUCUGCUUUAUCUGUUUCAUCCAGAUCAUCAUCUUCCCACACACUCCUCUCAUGCUGGGUCUCUACAUCAGCAUCUUCAUCAUCCUCGUCAACAUCCUCUUCAUCUGUGCCAUCUACUCCUGCAUCAAGCUCUUCCCAGCUGCCUUGCAGACGGUGACUAAGAAGAUAGUCCAGUCUCGUACCAAUAGUACCCUGGUGGGGGUCCUCACCAUCAUACUCCUCUUCAUGUCUGCCUUCAUUAACAUGUUUACCUGUGACAGAGAGGGCCUGGUGGACUGUGUGAUGCGUGAGCGUAACCUGUCCUCCAGUCUGGUGACUCUGUGUCUACUACACAACCUGACACAGUCAGCACAGGACGGACUGACCCUGUGCCCCAGCCAGCUCACACCAUGCCACUUCCCUGAGUAUUUCUGUUACAGUGUUCUCCUGACCCUGCUGGCCUGCAGUGUGUUCCUCCACAUCAGUAGUAUAGGCAAGCUCGCCCUGAUGGUGCUGAUCCAGGUUACCUUCCUGCUGCUGGUGGAGUGGCCCCAGGUGGCCCUGUUCGACAACGCAGACCUGCUGCUCACCGCCAACACCCUCUCUUUCACACCAUUGAAUGACUCUCUAGAUUGGUUUCCUAGUUUCAAUGAAACAGUUACAGAGACAUGCCAGGAGAGUGUGACCAAGGUGUCUCUAAAGGUCAUGACCCCUGUCAUCCUGACGGUGUUCGUCCUGGCUCUGUACCUACACGCUCAGCAGGUUGAGUCCACUGCACGCCUCGACUUCCUGUGGAAGCUGCAGGCUACAGAGGAGAAAGAGGAGAUGGAGGAGCUUCAGGCCUACAACCGCCGCCUCCUCCACAACAUCCUGCCUAAAGACGUGGCCGCCCACUUCCUGGCGCGGGAACGGCGUAACGACGAGCUCUACUACCAGUCCUGUGAGUGUGUGGCUGUCAUGUUCGCCUCCAUCUCCAACUUCUCUGAGUUCUACGUGGAGCUGGAGGCCAACAACGAGGGAGUGGAGUGUCUCAGGCUGCUCAACGAGAUCAUCGCAGAUUUUGACGAGAUCAUCAGUGAAGACAACUUCCGCCAGCUGGAAAAGAUAAAGACCAUUGGUAGUACCUACAUGGCUGCCUCUGGCCUCAACGACUCUACCUACGACCGUGAGGGACGAUCACACAUCCUGGCUCUGGCAGACUACGCUAUGAGACUUAGGGAACAGAUGAAGUACAUCAACGAACACUCCUUCAAUAACUUCCAGAUGAAGAUAGGUCUCAACAUGGGUCCGGUGGUGGCCGGGGUGAUCGGGGCCAAGAAGCCCCAGUAUGACAUCUGGGGGAACACUGUCAAUGUGGCCAGUCGUAUGGACAGCACCGGAGUCCCAGACUGCAUACAGGUGACCACAGACCUGUACCAUGUCCUGGUAAACAAAGGCUACCAACUGGACCACAGAGGCCUGGUCAAGGUGAAGGGGAAGGGAGAGAUGACCACCUACUUCCUGACCAGUGGUCCCAAUGGUACCCAGGGCAGUUAACCACGACGGUCACGGGACUACCGCUGGCUGCUCAUACAUGAAGAAGAGAGAGAUGGAAAGGAAGAGAGAGGGAGAGCGGGAGAGCGGGAAGUGGGUGUGUGAGAAAAGAGAGUGAGACAAGAGAGAAAGAAAGAAACGGUUCAAAGCCAUGAAGGAAAUGUGUUUGUGUGCGAUCAUGUAUUGUUAUGCACACUACUUUAGGUUUGGGUCUAAAAUGGCUCCCUGUAUAGGCCCAGGGCCCUGGUCAAAAUGAAUGCACUGUAUAGAGAAUGGGGUGCCAUAUGGGACGCACACCAGGAAUUCCGUUCUUACUUCAAGGCUUAUGACACAAAGCUACUUGAAAGAUAUAAUUAAAUAAUUAUAAUGAAGACCUAUUGCCUUAGAAGGAAAUUACUGAACAAAAGGCUACAUUUGUUUUGUCGUGAGCUACACAACAAAUACUUCACAUCCGGAGCUAUUAUUUAUUUUUCACUGAAAUGGAUGGAUUUUUUUGUUGUCGUGACGACCUUGUAACAAAAUCUAUAUAUGUAUUAUAUGAAAUAUUCAAGGAUAAGAUGAAAACGACCAAAGAACAAAUGUUUUAUUAUGAGGGACUGACUCUACACACAUCAACCAAUUUCUGUUCGAAAUGACUGCAGAAUGAACAACUGACAUGACUGCGGAUCGAACAACUGACAUGACUGCGGAUCGAACAACUGAAAUGACUGAAGAUUGAACAACUGCAAAUCUGUUGUUUUUCAGCUUUUUCUUUCUUGUCACUUUUGACAACAAAGGCCACGGAAAAAAACGUCAUUGUCUUUGAUAGCGGCGAACACAUUGUUUUUGACUUGAUAUGCUUGAUAAUAUGAAGGAGAGCUGAGAAAUCUGUCUUUGAUUGUGCACUGCGAACGAAGAGAGACCACACACACACACACAGAGCAGCCUUGGAUUGGAUUUCUGUGUUCCUUUCAGGACCUCUAUUGUGUGCAGGCUAAUUCUAACCCACAUAAGGUUGUGUUUCUCUUUUCUAUGUAUCGUCAAUGACUUUCUCUCUCUAGAUGUAUUUUUUGGUACAAGCCAAAACAGAAAUUUUAGUGAAGGACAAACAAACAACUGCAUUGCUACCAUGGUACUGGAGAGAUUGUUUUAAUUGCUAUGAGAUGUUUUAUAUGAAAUACGUGUGUGCGUGGGAGGGUAACUGUAUGCUGUUCUUUAUCUUUAAAGGGGCAUAAUUCUUCACUGUGAGGUUUUUAAAGAUUCUGUAUGACAAAUGGGUUGUUUCCCAAAUGACACCCUAUUCCCUAUAUAGUGCACUACUUUUGACCAGAGCCGGGCUCUGGUCAAAAGUAGUGCACUACAUAGGGAAUAGGGUGCCAUUUUGGAUGCAACCAUGCCAAAUUGAUGCUGCAAGGCAUGCGUGUUGUUUUUAUAUCUUAUACUUUGGAGUUGUGUGUUCAUUCCUGAUUUAUGUUUGUUGAUUUAUUUAAAUCACCUUUACUUCAUGCCAUUUAUUUUACUGUGAUUAUGAUCACAAUUCCAUUCCAAAUUCAUUCUAAAAACCCACAAAUUGAUUUUGGAUUGUGUUAAAACAUAUGGGCAAGGAGGUGGUCAUAUACACACAGUGGGCCUAUAGCCUACAGUACAAUGUUACAGGAGAAUACACAAAGGUUUUCUGGCUGUUACCUUGAAGUAAGAGGUACAUCAAUGGUAGUAUCUGUACUCCAUAGUAUUUCACACCAUCCAAUAGUAUUGGUAUCUAAUAGUAUUUGGCACAUAGAAGCUCUUUACCCCACAAAGGAGUACUGUAUUUUGAAACUUAUCUUAUGAAUGUACGAAAAUAACAAAAUAUACUGUAUGUCUAUGGUGACACCACUACUACUCAUUAUUUUUGUGGUACAAACAUUAUCUGGCUUGUAUUGAAAGAAAUUACCAGUUUUAAUGGUGCCAGUACAGGCUCCCGGAUCAGGACAGGGACGUGGCCUUUUCUGUUAUACCAACAUGGCAAAAGGGUUCAGGGAGAGGAAGAGCUACUGCUGUAUUAUGUGAAGUACUAUUGCAUAGAAAUGAAGGUUUAUGUCCCUUGAUCCCACUUAUUCACUGUACUGUAUCAGGGAGUACGUUACAGUAUGAAGGGCCUACCGUGGUGACUUGGGGUCUCUGUCCAUCUUUUUCCUCAACCUAUGUCAUGUUCAUUAGGAACAGAAGAAAAUAAGUGAAACAGGAAGGUACUACAGUACCUGAACUUGUCAAAUAAGAAAUGGCUUGUUUAGGUUUUUCGUAGCAAAACGGUUUUCUACUGUGUGCCCUAAUGAACACGAGCCUGCUGAUCCUGAGCAACCUGUGUGUAAGAGGGAUCUCUGAAUGAAGUUGUAUUUGUUCCCCCUUUUCUUUUUUCUCUUCCCAUUAGUCUCUUACUGUAUUUGAGUUGAAAGGCCAACAAAAUACUGUUUGUUUGUUUUUCCAUUCCAAAAAUAACAAUAUAGCAGAAUUGAAGAAAUGAAAUGGUAAUCUGGUUUGAUUUCCCCUUAAAACAAAAUCAAUAAAUUACUGUUUUGUAUUAUUGAUUAUUAUAAUUUAGUUAUUAUUCUGUUAUUAUUCAGUCUCUUCCCCUAAUCAAUGUGCAAUGUAGGCCUAUGUGUUUUGCUGCUGUUUCAUUGCAAUGCACAUUUUAUUAAAAUAAUAAGUUGGAUAA